UAUUGGCAGCUUCUUAAUAGUGUAAAAAGAAGAUAUGUGGUUCUUAAGCCAUUUUCCAGUAGAGGUCACUUUUUUUUUUUUUUUUUAAACCUCUAUGGGAUAUUUUUCCUCCAAAUAUCAUUUCUUUCAUUCUUACAUCUUACUUAAUUCUUAGAACUAAAUUCUAAGGGAAUUCAGUGAAGACAAAAAGGCAAAAGUAAUGGCAUUUCACUGAUAUAUCAAUAUGCACCACACUUGUUGGUGUGCAUGUAAACCUGUAGGUUGUGUGGUCGUCUUUUGUCAGACACACACUCUUCAUUCAAGAUUUCUGUAAGCAGCAGUUAAUAAGGAUGUGAGGAAAUCUGCUGCCCUCACUGGUCACAGGCUCACGGCCUGUACUAAGAGAUAGGAUUAGUGAAUAAGAACAGGUUGGAAGGCUACAAAGCUCCUGUCCCUUGCAAUUUCCUUCUUUAGGUUAUUAGUCUCGUCGAAGAACUUCCCUGAAUAGUCUGAGCAGAAACAGAAGGAAAGGCUGGAUUUAUUCUAUUUUUCCUGGUGUUUGGGACAUACCAGGGAAAAGGCAAGCUCUGGGUCAUAAGCUUUGCUGAAAAUGUCUCUCCAGUUGUCUCCACAGGCACCCUGGAGGAACAACAACAUCAGUUUUCUGAGCAGGGAAGCUGCCAUCACAGAACAAGGAGAGACCAUUAUAGGCUUCUACCUACUGGCUUUAGGUUGGAUGUCUUGGUUUGGAAACAGCAUUGUGAUUUUUGUCCUGUAUAAACAGAGGCAUCUUCUGCAGCCUACUGACUACCUUACAUUUAACUUGGCUGUAUCAGAUGCCAGUAUCUCUGUGUUUGGUUAUUCAAGGGGGAUCAUUGAAAUAUUCAAUGUCUUCAGAGAUGAUGGAUUCAUUAUCACAUCGAUAUGGACUUGCCAGGUUGAUGGUUUCCUCACACUUCUCUUUGGCCUGGCUAGCAUUAACACCCUCACAGUGAUCAGUGUGACUCGCUAUAUAAAAGGCUGCCAUCCUGAGAGAGCUCACUGUAUCAGCAACAGCAGUAUGACGGUGGCUAUGGUCCUCAUCUGGAUAGCAGCCUUCUUCUGGUCAGCAGCUCCACUGCUUGGCUGGGGUAGUUAUACAGAUCGCAUGUAUGGAACAUGUGAGAUAGACUGGGCAAAGGCCAACUUCUCUACAAUCUACAAGUCCUACAUUAUCUCCAUUUUUAUCUGCUGUUUCUUCCUACCUGUAACAGUCAUGGUCUUCUCAUAUGUGUCAAUUAUCAAUACUGUCAAAUUAAGCCAUGCAUUAACAGGACUCAGUGAUCCCACAGAUAGACAGAGGAGAAUGGAGCGCGAUGUCACCAGGGUCUCUAUUGUUAUUUGCACAGCCUUCAUUAUUGCAUGGUCACCAUAUGCUGUCAUCUCUAUUUGGUCUGCGUAUGGUCACCCUGUGCCCAAUCUUACCAGCAUCCUUGCCAGUCUGUUUGCUAAGUCUGCCAGUUUCUACAAUCCUAUAAUCUACUUUGGAAUGAGCUCUAAGUUUCGGAGGGACAUUUUUAUCUUGUUCCAUUGUGCCAAGGAAGUCAAGGACCCUGUGAAGCUCAAACGUUUCAAAAACCUCAAGCAAAAACAAGAACCUUCUCAGAAAGAAGACAAAUACGCAGCAGAAAUGCAUCCUGUACCGAGCCCCGAUUCUGGUGUGGGAAGUCCAACCAACACCCCACCUCCAGCAAACAGGGAAGAGUAUUUUGGUAUUCUUGAUACACCAUCUAAUAACCCUGACAUCGAAUGUGAUAGACUCUAAGUUUUAUGGCCACUUAACACAUGCACCCACCUUUGUGUUCAGGAAGACCCUCUUCAGAUCACUGUCUGAGUGAUCUCCCAACUCCCAAUCCAUCUACUUCUUUCUGUAGCACUGAGAACUACACAACUCAAGCACAAACAAAGAGAUACCUUCUGUGUAGGUGCAGAAUGCUACAAAACACAUUUCAACACGGGCAGCACACAUGGUACCUGAAGCAUUC